AUGUAUGCGCAGUCGGUAAGCAAACUGGCUGAGCUACAAGAUCUUCCUCGUUUCUUUGUCGAUGCGAGACAUGAGGCAACCCACGAUAGAAUUCCACCUCUGGACUAUCUUCGUGAAUUGUCUGUUCUAGCCCUUUCCUGGCUAAAGCGAACUUAUUGGGACGGCAUGAAAAUGCUUUACUCAUACACAUCUGCAUCCAAUAUUGACGACUGCGCUGAGGAUAUGGUUCGGAUUUCUCUUCUCAAGUACCAAGAAUUGUUUAUUAAAACGCUUCCAUAUUCGGACCCAAAAAAGUCAUACUUGAAUAUGGAGGCAAUUCCCAGACCCAUUUCAAAGGCUGUUUCCGAUUUCUAUGCAGAAUAUGAAGCGGCAGUGUUUUCCUUAUCUCUUCAACGGCACAUUUUAUCGUUCGUCAUUGUGCAAUUUCAGGAUCCUUCUGUAUUUAACUACGAGUCCAUUGUAUGGAGCCAUUUAUUAUCGCCGAUCGUUCUAAAUUGCCCUCUGUUUAUCGAGCUUGUUGUUGGCAGUCUAAUUUACCUUCCUUCAACGCAUCUCCUUUUAGAGAGGCUAUUUUCGAUUUGGUUGCAUGGUCAUUCAGCUUUAUCUGUUCAGGUCCAGAUCAUAAACAGAAUAUGUGAGAUCCUUUUCAACCACAUUCCAACAGAAUACUCAUUUUUCUCCAUUUCAUUUCUCAAGCUUAUCAGGGAAAAGUUUUUCAACUUACUCCACCCGCUUUUACUUGCACUUGUCGAUAAGACUUUGCACUUGGACGGGGCCUUUUCCAACGAGAGUUUUGAAUCUUUGCCCAAAGCAUUCAAAGUUCCUCCAUCCAUUAAUGAUGGCAUCGGUGAAAAGCAGGAAGAUGAAAUUGACUGGAUCCGUGGCUGGCGUGUAUCUCCGCUUGGGUCUGUUGAUCCCAUAUUUCCAAACUACAACCACAAACAUAGCCAAAGCUGA